AUGAAGCGGAGUCUCGAACAGUUCCGAUGUGAUGACGACGCAACGCUCCCACCAAGCAAACGACAAUUGAAACCGAAACCUGAAUUUAAGGAUUUGGCUCCAUCGCUUGGUGACAAUCUUAAAGUGAUAUUUGUCGGGUUUAACCCCGGCCACCAGCUGCUGAUCACGCAACACCAUUACGCCCACUUUACCAACCGGUUCUGGAAACUAUUCAAUCAAGCUGAUAUCCUUCACACGUGCUGCGAUGAUGUGCCCGAUAAGUUCUUCCCCACCAAGCCUGAACACGACUACGACCUCGUACCGUUUGGGGUAGGGUUCACUGACCUUGUACUUCGGUGUACGCGACGAGCCGAUGAGCUUAGUGAAGAGGAGAAAAUAGCUAACAUCGAGAGACUAUUUCGAGAGUUUAGAGAGUCAGAUGUGGCCCAUGUGGCGUUUAUCGGGAAAGGUAUUUGGGAAGUGGUGGUAAGGUACGUGUGUGCAAAACAACCCCAUUUGAAGUAUAGACAAGUAAUGGCUGAUUUUGAGUGGGGGGUACAACGAGGACAGGUAGCUGAAUACGUGGUGGCCCAGUGCCACCCCACAAUGAAGAUGCACGUGUUUCCCAGUACUCUGGGACUCGUCACCGCGCUUCUGAAUGACGAACGAUUAAAACUAUGGCAGCGACUAGCCGAGGCGAUUAAACAGUCGGGGCCUAAACUCCCAGUAACGUAA